UUAAAACUUGAUGAUACAUUGUGAGAUGAUACAUAAAAAUGUUAGCCUUAUAUUUCAUUCUACUCGUAUGCGUGCCUUUAGGUGUCAUCAUGACCUUUACCAGUCCUCGACUAGCCAUCACUGUGGCCGUCACUCAGCCGGCGGUCUUAGUAAUACAAAAUUCCAAUAAUACCCUUACAUCUCCUCGAGUAAUUACUUCUCAGCCACUGGAUCACGAUGACUUACUCCUUCGUCAAGCUUCUAAAGUCGACCCAAACCCUUCGCCUAAAUUUCCCAAAAAACUCACUUUCAUGUUCUUAACAACGAACUCUCUUCCAUUCGCGCCGCUUUGGGAACUUUUUUUCAACCAAAGCUCUGAUCAUAAGUCUCUUUACAAUGUCUACGUCCAUAUAGACCCGACUCAAAAACACGAACCGGGUUUCUUUGGCACGUUUCAUAACCGGAUCAUACCUUCCUCAAAACCGGCUUACCGGCAUACCCCAACACUUAUCUCAGCCGCACGUCGUUUACUAGCUCAUGCGCUUCUCGAUGACCCGUCAAAUUAUAUGUUUAUCCUUCUCUCCCCUUCUUGCAUUCCUUUGAACUCAUUUAACUUCACUUACAAGACACUAGUCUCAUCCACAAAGAGCUUCAUCGAGAUUCUUAAAGACGAACCAGGGUGGUACGAAAGGUGGGCAGCGCGUGGACCCUACGCGAUGUUCCCUGAGGUACCACCCGAAGAGUUUCGAAUAGGCUCACAGUUCUGGACAUUGACACGAGCCCAUGCGCGGAUUGUGGUGAGUGACGUGGAGAUAUGGUCCAAGUUCAACAAGUCUUGCGUAAGAAAAGACAUAUGUUACCCCGAGGAACAUUACUUCCCUACUCUCCUCCACAUGCGAGACCCACAAGGGUGUGUAUCCGCUACGCUUACGCACGUUGAUUGGAGCGUCAACGAACAUGGUCAUCCUCGGACGUAUAAACCGUCUGAGGUUAGGGCUGAGCUUAUACAAAAGCUGCGAAGUGCACGGCUUAGCUUUCAUCGCCGGACAUUUUCUUAUGAUAAACUUCCGACCGAACCCAUUAGGCUCUCUGUUCUCAAACUAGAUGGCUCUUCCUUUGAUGUUUACGUAUUGACCUCGGCCACCGUUGGGGAUCUUAAGGUUGCCAUAGAGACUGCCUUCAGCCAUGUCCCCAAGAAGGGACCCUCCAAGAUAUCAUGGUCACACGUGUGGGGGCAUUUUUGUUUGUGUUUCGGAGGUCAGAAGUUAAUUACCGAUACGGAUUGCAUCGGAAGUUAUGGGCUGAAGGACGGUGAUGAGGUAAGAUUCAAAAACCAUGUGUCAGGCAAUGCGGUAUUGAGCAAGGGAUAUUCUAGGAAAUCGAAACAAAAGAAUUUAGAGAGGGUAUUGCCAAAGGAUGUAGAUGAAGUAAUGAAUAGAAUUGAAGAGAUUGAUGACACUUGGGAUGAUCUCGAGAAAGGAGGCUUCGUGAGGUACAAAGAUGAUGACAUGGACACUUCUUCAAAUGAAAGCAGCAGGUCUUGUCUAUCCAGUGUACGAGGUUGCUGCUUUGCUUUGGGUUUAAAGGAGCUGCUUGGGUUUGGUAAUGACAGAACCUAUUACUCUUUAAGAGAUACUUGGAGAGACGAUUGAAUUUUUUUGUCCAUUUUUGUUUUCUAUUCGUAAGAUUUUGUAAUCACACAACAAAAUGAUCCAAUUAAG